UGUGAUGAAAAUGGUUGCCUAGCAACGGACAGUUGUCUGUUGUGAUUUGAUUGGAAAAUGGAAACAAAAGGGAAUUGAUAAAUUAAUAUUUAAAAAGAUUUAUUUUAAAGGUUACGGUCGAUUGGCCUCAAAAAGUUAGUGGAUACAAAAUUGUAUUUCACCUACAUAACCCAGUUUGAUAAUGGCUCAGUCGGUGGCGAGUAAUCUUGAAAUUGUUUCGAAUGAUAACAGCACGAAAGAGUUUUUGUUACAUGAGAAGACGUGUGAGGCAUUUAAAGAUAAUGACGAAGAAAUAAAAAUGAUAUUUAACGAAAUCAAGAAACUCUCUGAUGCUAAGAACUUAGGACACGAAAUUGAUGAAGAUAAUGAUGAUGUAGAGUUGAUUUUGAAAAGGGCGGAAAAUAUCGCUUUAGAAACUGAAAAUUUAUUGAAAAGUAGCCCUGUAGCAGCUGCCGUCAAUGGCCUUCGCUCUUAUAUGGAUAAAGGAAAUGUACCACAAAUAAAAGUAACUAAGCCGACUGAAAAUGUUCAUAGUGAACACAAAACUCCCAGUAAGACGAACCAAAAUGGAAAUACAAAACAAAAUGCUAAGGAAAGCAACGAAGUUCGAAGAAAACCAAAGCUAAGGCCUUUCUCUGCUGGCGUCAUCGAUUCCAAGAAAAAAGAGGCCGCGAAAGUAGCUAGAUUCGUAACGAAUUCACCGAAAAAAAUCACAACAUGCAAACAUGAAUCCAUAUUAGAAGAGUUGAAGGACACUAACGAAAGAGUAAAAAGCUUAGAAUUAUUGAACGUGCAAUUAACAGAUGACAACAAAACACUUCGCAAAAAAUUGGAUCAGAUCAAUGAAGAGAAGUAUGUUGCGGAAUUAAAAAUAACGGAGUGCGAAAAAUUCGUCAAUCGACUAUCAAAAGAAUAUGAAAACAGGAAUUCAGAAUUCAAAAGCGUUAAGCAAAAUGAAACUAGUCUGAUGGCAGAGUUAAGUAAGGAAAGGAAUGAGAGGAAGAAUUUAGUUAUACAACGAGAUAAGGAUGCUGUAGUCAUACAAGAUCUUCAACGGCAGGUCAAAGAAAUGGAACUGAUCUUAAAAAGAAAACAUCCUGAUUCUGUGUCGGCGUUAAUAGUUGCCUCAAAGUCGUCAACUGUAGAAGAUAACAAAAAGAAAUUACUAGAAGAACGCAUCGCUCGAUUAGAACAGGAACUGAAAGAUAAAGAAAACCAUUUCCAAAGUAUAUUAGUAACGCUUCAAGAAAAGUUUGGCGAUAUGAAACAGAAGUAUGAGAAUCAUAUAAUCGACGUAGAACGACAGCUUAUGGAGGAUCGGAAAGUCAAUAACAAUUUAAAGAGUAAAAUAAAUAAACUCAACUUGAUAGAUGCAGCAGUUCAAACGACAACUAAAAAUCUUCAUAGCACAGGAACUCAAACAUUACAUAAAUCAGAUAGGGCAUCGUCAGCUGUCAGCCGGUUGACGCAAAACUCUGCACUAAUAUUCAACAAAUUAAAGGAAGACAGUUAUUUGGUGGCCACUAUUAAAGGAUUGCAAGCCGAGCUUACGGUGAAACAACGCACCAUAUCCAAGAUUAAUAGAGAGACUGAAGAACUGAGGAAAAACUUGCGUAACCUACAGAAAGAAAAAGAAGUUUUACUCAAUUUAAAUCCUCAAAAGAAAACCAUCAGCAAGCAAGUGAAAUCAACAGAAAACAUCAUGUCUCGCUUAAACACAGAAAUGGAGGCGGAACUGAGCGAGGCAAGAAAGCAAAAGGAAACGCUCAUGGAAGACAGGAUAGGCUUGCUGGCUUCGUUAAAACGUACUAAUGAGGAUUUGAUACUAUUGAAGAAGAAACGCAUACAAGAUCUGCACACACUUCAACUGGCGCAUGAGAAGGAAUUGAUGCAGAUGAACAUGCAGCUUUACCCUCUCCAAGAGGAGAUCAAACUGCUGAACAGGACGGUGGAAAUCCUGCAGGAGAGGGUCAGAACCGCCGAUGAUAAGUUGCUGAAGUACCAGGCGGGGUGCAAAGCUGAUAUACAUGCAGGCGGGGAUAAUCCUGUCUCGAAGAUCAAAUGAUUAUUUUUUUUGGUCCUUCGAACCCGUCGAUGUUUAUAGAUAGGGGCUUAUACGAGUAGAUUUAAAAAAAACGGUCAAGUGCGCGUCGCACUCGCACACGAAUGGUUCCGUCCGUAUCAUCGUACAAGAAAUAACACUUAAGUUUUUUUUUAAAUUUUCAUUGCGGCCAUUUUGACAUUUUUAUUAUUUAGACUGAAUCAUAUUUCAAUAGACAGAUUUGUUUCGCAUUCAAGCACCUUUUCGUAGACACAAUUAUUAUGGAAUUGACCUUUCUAUAAACAUCUAUGUUUGAAUAGUUAAUUGUAUUAAAAGGUUUUUGAAGCGAGGCUUAUAUUUAACGGAAUAGAGACCUACUUUGCAAAAAGUGAAAUAAACGAUACCGAGUUUGAAUUGAACAGACCUCAUUGGCUGGCAUCUCAUAAAAGUGAGCGAGGUAGAGUCCCAUUUUUUUUUUCAAUAUACAUUCGUAAGAAGCUUCGCUUCUAUCGGGUGCCCCGUGACAUUUCAAGAUAAUCCUGGGAUUUUUGUGUUAUAAUAACACAGCUUAUAAUACCUAGAAUGUAUCUGUGUAUAUUUCUAAAUGAUAGGUAGGUACUACUAUGGUACUUCUUCUCUCUCUGGGCUGGUUUCCGCACUUAAACGUUUCCGUCUGUUGUGCGUGCGUUGCCCCUCCCCACCGAAGUCUUCACUCCAGGCGGAGUAGUUUACUACUAUGGUACUUACUACUACACAAAAUUGUAGAGAUACAUCAUACAAUUGAUUCAACAGCAAUCCUUUACUUGUUUUCAUCAACAAGUACUUACCUAAGCGAUAUGUUGUUACUAAAAUAUAUUUCUGUGGGAUCUAUUUUGUUUCUAUAUAAGACUAGAUUAUAGCAUUAUUCUAUUAGAUAAGGAUUUUCUUAUUCCUUUAAUAUAAAGUCGAAGAUUAAUGAGGUGAACCGUGAACUAUCAAUUUAUCGUAAUUUAUUCAUGAAAUUAAAUCAGUUCGAUUAUAUCGUUUGGUAGAUAGAUACCUACCUAUAGUACGCGACAGGUCGACAUGGCAAUCGGAGUGGGGACGCCCCGCACAGCCUC